GGCGCAGUCUGAUCAGCUGAAUUCUGGAAGGUCUCUCGUGAUGGGGGCGCAUACGCACUGAAACAGGUAGCUGCAGUUUGCUGUCAUUGUCAGGGGAGUGGCGGUAUCCAGGACCUGCAAGGGGAUACCUGUACAAGCAGCGGCAUCGGGUGGCGCAAAAUCAAGAGUUCAAACAACGAUGUCAGUGGAAAACUUUAUCAGGUCGCUUCAGACAGGCAUAAGUCAGGUCGUACGCUGGACAAGAGAGAGUAUUUGAGGCACGCCGAUGUGCAAGACAUUGGAACUGAAUACUUGCUGGAAAGGGAGAUGAGCCACCUCUGUGCACGUCACCACUCCCUAGCCUACUUUCUGUCACGACGGCUCCUCCUCCCACCGAUUGGGUCAGCGCUCCUCUCCUGCCAAUCCAUCUGUCCUCGGAAGAGCCGCUAACCCCUCUCCACGCAAACUUGCUGUAGGCAAGUGUAGUCACCUUUGGAUCAGAUGGAGGGAUAGCAAACAAGAACUUUGCAUAGCACGGACCACUCAAUGUUUGCACGGACCGCCGCCAACCGGCGAUGCUGACCGGGUCCGGCAAGAAAGUCGAGCGGCGCUCCGCAAACGGCGACGUCGGCGCCGGGAGCGUGCGCAGGAAGCGAGCGUUCCUGUGGCGCAACGAGAAGGGCCAAGUGCGACUCGGGCUCGGAAACCUGCUCAGCCUGUUGGCGGGGGUCGUGUUUGCGUGGCUCUGGGUGGCGCUGAGCAGUCAGCACUGCGGGCCGGGGGGUUUGAAUGUGCUGCUCGGUCCAGCGGAGGAGAUCGAGGACGCGCUCUGGGCGGAGGGGGAGCGGGCGGCGCUCGAGAUCCAUGCGAAGCUGGCGGCCGGGGGUUCGUUCGAGCUCCGGUUGACAGGAUCCAAUGCCACCGCUAGCGACGGCUCCUCCGACCCUCCCGACCUCUCGGCCUGGCCGGACCCCGACGAAUGGCCCCCGGAGCCCGACACCGAAGCCGAGCUCAUCUACCCCCCCCCACACCCAAAGACUGACGUCCCGAAUCUCUCCUUCGAGAUGUCGGUCAGCUGGGAUAGCUGGGAAGACGCGUUCGACUUGCUGCGCCUAUGGUGGCGUCCGAACGAGCUAGUCGGACACGUGUGGAUGCCGCCGCCGUCCGAUUUGGACUUGCGUCCGGGUGAGAAGCACCGGAUGCCGGAUGGCGACCCGGAGCUGCCCGAGGUCCGGCUGUCGGAGCGGGUCAAGGGGCAAUUCGAGUACACGCACCCGAUGGGGGGCCGCGCGAUGGUGGGCAUUGCGCGGAUCGUGAAGGAAGCGUACAUGUUGAGUGGGGACGAAGUGCACUGGUUCGUGCUGGGGAAUGAGGACACGCUGUUUGCGCCGGACAACCUUGCGAGAGUAUUGUCCAAGUACGAUCACAGGGAGCUCUGGUACAUUGGCGCGCCGUCCGAGACGCACCACCAGAACGUGGUGCACUCGUUUGGGCUCGCGUACACGGGGGGGGGCUUUGCCGUCAGCUGGGGGCUGGCCCGGGCUUUGGCGCACACGUUGGACGACUGCUUGCAGCGGUACCCGGAGCUGUACGGGAGCGGCUCGCGAGUGCAGGCGUGCAUCUCGGAACUGGGGGUGCAGGUCACCCAGGAAUCGGGCUUCCACCAGUUUGACCUCAUCGGGAGCCUCGCGGGCGCGCUCGAGUCCCACCCCCUCACGCCCUUCCUGGGCAUGCGCUACGUGGCGGCCUCCCAUUCGCUUGCGGCCAAAGAGAGCACGCCCAAAAUGCUCCGCCGGAUCGCACAGUUUGCCCUGGCGCAACCGCUCGAGUUUCUGCAGCAGUCCAUCUGCGUCGACUCAUCCCGCAACUGGUCGAUCUCCAUUGCGUGGGGGUUUUCCGUCCGGUGGUAUCCGGUUCCGGUCCGGCCGGUGGAACUAGAGGCGGCGAGGCGGACGUUCGUGUCGUGGACGCGGCAGCGGGACCCGGAGGUGUUCGACUUCGACACGCGGGCGACGACGCUGCUCUGGUCGCGCGCGCCGGCGGUUUUUCAGGCGGUCAGUGUGUUUCAACGGAUCGAGGACGGGGAGGUGUGGCUGGAGAGCCUGUACCGGCGGGUACCAACCGGGAGGGCCUUGAGCGUUUCCAAGCUGAAACGCAUGGCGGCCAAAAAGCACAACGUUACGGCGGAGUGGUUCGGGCGGAGACGGAAACGGAGGAAACGGGCGGCCGGCGAUCCGUUGGGGGCGGACUCGAGCGAAAACGACGAGGCGGGGGAAAGCUUAGGCCUUACGAAGUUGACGGGCGUGCUGCGGGAUCGGAAAGGUGGCGUAGGGAGGAGUUUGCAGGCGCAGGCGACGCAAGGGCUUGCGUAUGGGCGAGAGCCGAAGCAGUCUGUAGAUGUGAUUAGGGUGUUGAAGCCGCCGUUCGACGAGGACUGGGUGUGGUAUCCGCGGCGGUCUUGUUGCAAGUCGCUGACGUUCCUCGAAGACGAUACGGUUGCGGAGAUUCGGCUAGGUCCAUGUACGAUAGACGAGACGAUAUGGAAAGAUAGCAUCGUGGCUGAAGGCGCUAGCUUCAGCUGAUCUGAUUGAGUGCACUCGUCGAGAGCCUUGCGCAAUGAUCUUUCAAGCUUUUCGAGCUUAGGUAUUCUGAACACGGAGUCAUGAUAUCAAGUGGGUCUUGACCGAUGAGUACUUUUACCUCACGGUGACAGUCAAAGUUCUGCAGUCGCAAUUUCGACCGUUAUGUCUGCCGGAUGUCCUAUCAAAACCGCGGAAGCCUAGGUACCUUCUGUCGAACUUCGUUUGUUGCAAAGCCGAGCUCACAAGUACGACCUACCUAAUUCCAUUGCCAAGUCGAGAAAAUUGAGGGACCCAUGCUCAUUCUGAC